CCCUACAACUGCAGUGAGUGUGGGAAAACCUUCACUCAAAUAUCAACCCUUUCUGCUCAUCAGAGAAUCCACACGGGGGAGAGGCCCUACGAAUGCAGUGAGUGUGGGAAAAGCUUCAAUCACAGAUCAGCCCUUUCUAAACAUCAGAGAAUCCACACAGGGGAAAGGCCCUAUGAAUGCACUGAGUGUGGGAAAACUUUCAAUCGCAGAUCAGCCCUUUUUACCCAUCAGAGAAUCCACACAGGGGAGAGGCCCUACGAAUGCAAUGAGUGUGGGAAAAGCUUCACUCAAAGAUCAGACCUUUCUAAACAUCAGAGAAUCCACACGGGGGAAAGGCCCUAUGAAUGCCGUGAGUGUGGGAAAAGCUUCAAUCGCAGCUCAGCCCUUUCUAAACAUCAGAGAAUCCACACGGGGGAAAGGCCCUAUGAAUGCCGUGAGUGUGGGAAAAACUUCACUAGCAGCUCAGAUUUUUCUAAACAUCAGAGAAUCCACACAGGGGCGAGGCCCUACGAAUGCUCUGAGUGCGGGAAAAGCUUCAAUCAGAGCUCAAACCUUACCAGACAUCAGAGAAUCCACACAGGGGAGACGCCCUACACGUGCGCUGAGUGCGGGAAAAGCUUCAAUCGGCGCUCAAACUUUAUUAGACAUCAGAGAAUCCACACGAGGGAGACGCCCUACACGUGCUCUGAGUGCGGGAAAAGCUUCAAUCAGAGCUCACACCUUACCAGACAUCGGAGAAUCCACACAGGGGAGACGCCCUACACAUGCUCUGAGUGCGGGAAAAGCUUCAAUCAGAGCUCUGUCCUGAGUACACACAGGAGAAUCCACACAGCGGAGAAGCCCUACACGUGCUCUGAGUGCAGGAAAAGCUUCAGUCAGAACUCGGACCUUAUCAGACAUGAGAGAAUCCACACAGGGGAGACGCCCUACACGUGCUCGGAGUGCGGGAAAAGCUUCAAUCGGCGCUCAAACUUUAUUAGACAUCAGAGAAUCCACACAAGGGAGAUGCCCUACACAUGCUCUGAGUGUGGGAAAAGCUUCAAUCAGAGCUCUGUCCUGAGCACACACAGGAGAAUCCACACAGGGGAGACGCCCUACACGUGCUCUGAGUGCAGAAAAAGCUUCAAUCAGAACUCAGACCUUAUCAGACAUCAGAAAAUCCACAUGAGAGAGAACUGU